AUGCCAGACUUUGAUGCUGAGAAACAGGCGCCUUUGGACGCAACAACGCCCAGGGCCUUCUCAAACCUUUCCCAUCACGCGCAAAUCGACAAUGUCAAUGCCGACCGACUGGCGCGCAAGCUAUCCCCUCGGCAGGUCCAGAUGAUCGCGAUCGGUGGCACGAUAGGAACAGGAUUAUAUCUCGGAACCGGUAGGGCGUUGGCGACCGGCGGUCCGGCGUCAAUGCUUCUGGCCUAUACGAUCUGUGGUGCCAUUGUCUUCGUCACCAUGCUAAGCCUUGGAGAGAUGGUAGCAUUCAUUCCUGUGACAGGUUCAUUCUGUACAUUUGCAGGGAUUCGCAUUGACAUGGAAUUACUGGGCUAA